AUGCCAAGUAUACCAAUGACUGUUAUCACUGCACCUAAUACAGAUCAUUUGAAAAAUAAUAAUUUCAUGUUAUCUAAUAAUGCAAAUUUUAUGCAUAAUACUACUGAAAUCAAUAAUAAUAGUAGUAUCGGUAGUGCUUGUAAUCAUCAUCAUCAUCAUGAUAUCAAUGAUACCUUGUUAAAUAAUCAGGCCAAUAUAAUUGAUAAAAAGUCUAUCCCAAGUCAUAGAGAAUCUCUUCCUAUACAAACUUUACACUUUCCACCGAUAUUAGACACACCAUGGGAGGAACCAGAUUGUAGUGAAGAUCAUGCACUGAGUACAUCAAGCAGUGGUGGUUCCUGUACUGGAGGAGGUGGUGUUGGUGGUGCUAUUGGUGGUAUUUUUGGUAGUGUUAGUGGUUGUAGUAAUUCCAGCGCAACACCAACUAGUACAAUAACGACAACACCAACGACGACAACACCCGCAACAGCAACAAAUGUAUCUACAUUUAUAGGGAAUAAUCCAUUUCUACCAUUCAUAAGCCCAACUUUAACUCGACGUACCUCAUCAACAACAUCAUCACCAUCAUCAGCAACAGCAGCAGCAACAGUCAUCAAUCCCAACAGGACACAAUCAAUCACGUCGCCAGAUAUGAGUACAUUUUGUUCAGCCAUGUGUUGUCACCAUUCAAUACAAGGACAAAAUUGUAACCCACCGAUGACAAUGCCAUCCCCACAAUUUCAAUCAAAUCGUAGUGCUUGGGCUAAUGCAAUCAGUCCUGAGAAUGCUCAACAAAUUUAUGAUGAGCUACCACCAUCCAACUUUCUGUUAAGUUCACAAACUGUAACGCUGAAAGAAAGAUUAGGUGGAGGAAAUUUUGGUCAUGUUGUCAAAGGAUUGUAUAGAACACCAUCUGGUCAAGAGGUUCCUGUGGCUGUGAAAACACUGAAACCGAAUCAAAUUGUCAGUGCUGGAGAAAGAGAAAUAUUAGCUGAAGCGCGUACAAUGGCCCAGCUGAAACAUCGUCAUAUAGUAAGAUUAAUUGGUGUAUGUAAAGAAGAACAAUUUAUGCUUGUCCUUGAAUUAGCACCUUUAGGUCCUAUCAAUAAAUAUUUGAAAAGACGUCCUGAUGUUAGUGUACAUACAUUAACUGAAUUAAUGCAUCAAGUUGCCUUGGGUAUGGCAUACUUAGAAUCAUGUAAAUUUGUACAUCGUGAUUUAGCUGCACGUAAUGUUCUAUUGGUUACUCGGCAUUUUGCAAAAAUUAGUGAUUUUGGAAUGAGUAAAGCAUUGAAUUUUGGUAGUGAUUAUUACAGGGCAGCAACUGCUGGUAAAUGGCCAUUGAAAUGGUAUGCUCCCGAGUGUAUUUAUUACUUUCGAUUCGAUUCAAAAUCUGAUGUAUGGAGUUAUGGAAUUACACUAUGGGAAGUUUACUCUUAUGGUGAACGACCGUAUAGGGAUAUGAAAGGUGCACAGAUAUUAGCAAUGCUUGAUCAAGGUCUCCGUUUAUCCCGUCCUAGUCGAUGCCCUGAAUCCAUAUAUAGUGUUAUGCAACAAUGUUGGAAUUUCGAGGGAGUUCACCGGCCAACAUUUGCUGAACUUGUCCUGACAAUAUCACGUAUACUUAAAGCUAUGCCAUCACCACAAACGAAUGUGUGCAUUCCUAACAGCAAUAAUAAUAAUAUUCAUACUACGAAUAUCAGCUGUGGUACUAAUCGUAAUGGUAAUCCCACUACUAUUGCUACUUCUGCUGCUGCUUCUAUCAAUACUACUAACAAUAAUAAUAGUAGUAAUAGUAUGAUGUCAUGUAAUACAACCUUAAAAUUCGAUCAUUUUCAUCAUUCACCGACGCAUCAACACACUUUGAGUGGGAGUAAUGAUAAUAAUAAAAAUAAUAUUAGUAAUAAUAAUACAGGCUUACAGCCAAUAGAAUUUAGUCCAUCAAGACGUAUCAUCGGUGGAAUAGGAACGACGAGUACAAGUUCUGGAGGAAGUGGUGUCAACAGUGGUGGAAGUGAUGGAAUUUCAUUUUGA